UGGAUGCACGAGUUUGUUUGUGACUUCAUGUAGAAAGACUUGUUUUGAAAUCUGUGUGUUUACAACUCGUGAACUGAGCUGCACGGCUGUGCGUCUCUCUGAGGAGACACGAUGUUGCAGCUUCCAUGUUGUGGAAACGUGAAGCGACGGGAUCUGUGACCCUCCUGGUUAUUUAAGGCGUCUUGUGAAUAAAGCGUGUUGUUGCUCAUGUGAGGCGUCGAGCUCGCUGCAGGUGAGGCUCAGGUUACAGGUGUGUGUGUAAACAGUCAUCAGUGUGUGCCGUGUGAUGAGAGGCUGACAGGAAGGGCGUGUGUCGCCGACGCCUUUCAUCUGGAAAUACAGGAUUUAGGAAGAGGAAACUGCAAACACUCAUUUUUACCUGCCGAUGCUCUUUGAUGUUUCGCCGCCGCCUGUUGAAACAAACGUGAGCGGCGGCCUCACCUGAGCUACAACACCUUCAUGUCGCUGCAGGAACUCUGAAACAGCGUGAAACCUGGACUUCUACUGUCAUUUCAAUAAGCUGCAGCGUUUCAUAUUCUGUGGUCGCUCCUCUCUCGUCACCUGACGGCCCAUCACACACCUGGAGGGGCGGAGCUUCAGCAGUAAAGCUUCAGUGUUUCAUCCUGCAGCCUCAGAGGAAGCAGCAGCAUCUGAAGGUCAGCAGGAGCGUCUGAGGAUGAACCUGGACUGAGGUCUGUGGUGGUCUCCAGCAGGUCUCAGUCAGAACUGGUCACAUGAUGAGCUCCCCUUUCCCUCCAUCGUCUUACCUGAGCUUCAGUCUGUCUCACCGCGAGGACCGCAGUGUCUCUCAGCCCCCUCUGUCCAGCUCCGUCCCCUUCCUCCUCUACCCCUCCAGCAUGGACCACUACAAGGACACUCUGAGGGGCCCCGGUCCCGGGCUCCUGCCCUACCUGGCCCCCUUCCACCACCACGGACACUUCAGCGUCUACGAGUGUCCCUUCGAGCCGGCGUUCAUCCAGAAACGUAACGAGCGGGAGCGUCAGAGGGUGAGGUGCGUGAACCAGGGCUACGCCAAACUGAGGGACCACCUGCCGGGUCAGAGCCCCGACAAGCGGCUCAGCAAGGUGGAGACGCUGAGAGCCGCCAUCAGGUACAUCAAGUACCUGCAGGGCCUGGUGGAGCCGGACUCUCCCGACACCUCGUCUCCUGGACCGGACUGUGGAGGAGAGUCUGAGGGGGUCACGUGUUAAGCUGCAGACACUUCAUCUCUUCUGCUCUCCAAACACAGACUCAUGUUAUUAUUAGUGCUGUAGAGAGAGAGGUCAGUGUCUGAUGACCGGGACAAACAGAACUGGGAUCAAAGUUCAGUCUUAAUCUUCAAUAGUAAUUUGACAUUAAAAAAAGUCUGCUUUUUCUUUUUUUCUGUCUCCCAGAGGACGUUUCACCUGUCAAACACUCUCUCCGUAGAUUUAAUGUAGAUUCAUGCCGACUGCCUGGAUGAAGGAUUGAAAACUGACAGGAUUAAACACGGACAGUCAGAUGUUAAAAAACCAGAGUUCACUGUAAUAACUUUAAAUGAUGAAACUGUUUGUUCAUGUACAUCCUGUCUGAGAGUCUUUGAGACAAAUGCUAACGUGCUAAACCGGGGCUGUGGUGCUCAGGGAGGUGUUUCAGUGGCAGCCAUCAUAAGAGCUGGUUUCUCUAAAAGCUAAAGACAGGUACUUCCUCUCUUACCUCCUUUAGCACAGACAGGACCAUCCUGGACCAAAGGAAAGGAGGUAAUGUCGCGUCCCACAGUUCCUUGCGGCAGCACAUAAAUGUAGAAACAACAGAGCGCCUGUUUUUCAGUCUUCGCAAUUUAGCAAAAACAAAACCUCAUCGCACAAAGGCGUGUCCUAGACCGUACGAUUCGUCACUAUCCCCCAAACACGUAGACAUAAGGUUUAUGAAUGUGCGAUGGAGUGGCGCUCAGUUAUGAGGCAAAAUGUCCUUUGGCUCAAAACGCCAUUCAAAUGAAUUGGAUUUUCCCACGCAUCCAUUAUAGCGCCACCUUCAGGCUGAAUUGGACCAAUAUUUUCAGGUGCCAUCAGGGGCCCAUGGGGAACAAAUGCCCUAAAUUUAGUAUCAAUUGGACUUGUGAUUAUGGAGAUAUAAAAUGAAUAACGGGGGUUUUUCAAACAUCUUUAAUCUGCAGUAACAGCGCCACCUAUGGGCACGAGGGUCAGCUUUGGUGCCUGGAGUCAGGGACUAACAAUUCGGCUCACGUUUCAUGUCAAUGUGAGUCGUCAUCAUAGAUGAACAGAUAUUAAACAGCGCCACCUAGGGGCUAGUUGCACCAGAUUUCAUACAGCCCCUCAGGAAGUUGUGCCAGAUAAGGUCCCAAAGUUUGGUGCUGACAUUCCAAACCUAAGAUACGACAUCACUUCCUGUUGUUAGCGUUUGGCUUAAACAUUUGUUAGCUUCUAAUAAGAACAGUUUUUCGAGAUUGAGCUCGAUCCCCUGAACGCGUGGAUGUAAGGUUUUUGAUACGCGCCUUCGUAUGCGGGAGUUCCAAGCCCAGAUGCAUUGACCUUGCUAAUAGCGCCCCCUAGAGGUAGAAGUGCACAAAUUUUUGCGCCUGAGGUCAUUGCGGUGACCUGGACCUACGCUAGGAGUGUCACGUCUGUAGCACUUACCAUCUGGGCCGCAAUAUGAUCUUUACCUACGGAAGAAUAAGAAUCCUUAGCUUUCCAAUAGUCCUGCCGGUCCCGGGAACCGCGAUGCCUCACAUUCCAUAAAUUACUUUUCAGCCACAGCGAGGAAUAAUGUUCACCAUCUUAGUUUAGCCUGUUAGCAUGCUACCAUUAGCUAAUUAGCAGUAAAGCGUGUCCAGCUGAGGCUGAUGGGAAUGUUAUUAGGUGGGUACGAGAUAACUGUGACUGACUUUCACUGAAUUUAUCGUCAACCUUGAGCGACUGCAGGGGCGGAGAAUAAAAACAGCGUCACAUGGUGACGUUUUGCAGCGCCGGCAAAAGACAGACAUGUCAUGUGACAUGGUGACGUUUUGCACCAUGUCAUGUGACAUGGGUAGCAAGGCGGCUGCAGGCGCCAAGUCCGGCGGCUACGGUAGCUUUUCUCCAUCUGCACAAAGUUGGAACCACACUUUUGCCUGGUCUCACGGCAUUUCUCUUUGCAAAUGCCGCGAGAUCAGUCGUUGAUCUCAGCUCACAGUAAGCUCACGCAGAUCGAAAGUGUCCGACUUGACGGCGCCGUUUUUAUUCCCCGCCCCUGCAGUCACCUGCAGCUCAUGUUAGACUAUCAAGUCAUCAUCUCAAACGCAUCUAUUGCCUGCAGCAGCAGCAGCAGCAGCGUUUACCUGUAGGUGGCGCCGGGUUGGACCUGCAGCAGCAGCAGCGUUUACCUGUAGGUGGCGCCGUGUUGGACCUGCAGCAGCAGCAGCGUUUACCUGUAGGCGGCGCCGUGUUGGACCUGCAGCAGCAGCAGCGUUUACCUGUAGGUGGCGCCGUGUUGGACCUGCAGCAGCAGCAGCGUUUACCUGUAGGCGGCGCCGUGUUGGACCUGCAGCAGCAGCGUGUUUACCUGUAGGUGGCGCCGUGUUGGACCUGCAGCAGCAGCAGCGUUUACCUGUAGGUGGCGCCGUGUUGGACCUGCAGCAGCAGCAGCAGCGUUUACCUGUAGGUGGCGCCGUGUUGGACCUGCAG